CGCGGCGGCGGGCGCAGGCCAUUGGCAGGGAGCUGAAUGGGAAGUGGAGCUGCUGGGACUCGAACCAGCAGCUGUAUGGGAUGCCGGCACCGCAGGCAGAGGUUUAACUGGUGCACACUUUCUCCUAGCAUGACUACCAUCUGAUCAGCAGGCACAAGAAUUGGACACCCCUGUCUGACACUGGAGUGCUGGGGCCGACCACCGCCCUCUAGAGAGCGGCCAUGGCUGCUGCCUCAACUUCCACCCCUGUAAUUUCACAGCCACAGUUCACAGCCAUGAACGAACCCCAGUGCUUCUACAAUGAGUCCAUUGCCUUCUUUUAUAACCGGAGUGGAAAGUACCUUGCCACAGAAUGGAACACAGUGAGCAAGCUGGUGAUGGGACUUGGAAUUACGGUCUGUAUCUUCAUCAUGUUGGCCAACUUACUGGUCAUGGUGGCAAUCUACGUCAACCGGCGCUUCCAUUUUCCUAUUUAUUACUUAAUGGCUAAUCUGGCCGCUGCAGACUUCUUCGCAGGGUUGGCCUACUUCUACUUAAUGUUCAACACAGGACCCAACACGCGGAGACUGACGGUUAGCACGUGGCUCCUCCGUCAGGGCCUCAUUGACACUAGCCUGACAGCGUCGGUGGCCAACUUGCUGGCCAUUGCAAUCGAGAGGCACAUCACAGUUUUCCGCAUGCAGCUCCACACACGGAUGAGCAACCGGCGCGUGGUAGUGGUCAUCGUGGUUAUCUGGACUAUGGCCAUCAUCAUGGGUGCUAUCCCCAGUGUGGGCUGGAACUGUAUCUGUGAUAUUGAGCACUGCUCCAACAUGGCACCCCUCUACAGUGACUCCUACUUAGUGUUCUGGGCCAUUUUCAACCUGGUGACCUUUGUGGUAAUGGUGGUUCUCUACGCGCACAUCUUUGGCUAUGUUCGCCAGAGGACUAUGAGGAUGUCUAGGCAUAGUUCUGGACCCCGGAGGAAUCGGGACACCAUGAUGAGUCUUCUGAAGACGGUGGUCAUUGUGCUUGGUGCCUUUAUCAUCUGCUGGACUCCUGGUUUGGUCUUGUUACUGCUCGACGUGUGCUGUCCGCAGUGUGACGUUCUGGCCUAUGAGAAAUUUUUUCUUCUCCUUGCCGAAUUCAACUCUGCCAUGAACCCCAUCAUCUACUCCUACCGCGACAAGGAGAUGAGCGCCACCUUCAGGCAGAUCCUCUGUUGCCAGCGCAGCGAGAGUACCAGCGGCCCGGCCGAAGGCUCAGACCGCUCCGCCUCCUCCCUCAACCACACCAUCUUGGCCGGGGUCCACAGCGAUGACCACUCCGUGGUGUAGGAAGCGAACUGAGACGAAGAGCCAGCUGUCCUCUUGAGAGGGACGAACAGCCUCUCCCACUCCCCUGCCAGGGCAAGGUGGGGCAGUGGAGAGGAGCGAGCAAGCUCACGUACUUAAACACUAACCAAUGGCAGUAUUUGUUCCCAGCCCCCACAAGACUUGAUGUGUUGAAGAUUAGCUUAUGUGACAACCCUCGUCCCGGCCUCCCUCCCUUCCGAAAGUAGAAAAUGGAGUUCUUGCAAUGGAUUCAGGAACGGACUCCGGAGUAUCCAUCUAGACUACACUAACUAGACUUGAAAUGGUUUUGUGUGCUUUGGUGCAAGUCAGGAUACAUUCUGACAAGUUGAAUCCACAACUUCAUUUACAUACAGGCUUCCUUUUUUAUUUUUAAAGGAUACAUUUCAUUUAAUAAACAUAUUUAUGCCUAUCAGCAUGUCCAUGAUGCUAUAGCCUAUAGACUGUUGUUAAACUACCAUAAUUUCAUUUUUUCCUUAUGUAGGAAAACUGUAAAUUAGAAUGAUUUUCUGUUUAGAAGGCAUACAUGUAAUGUGUAUAUGCAGUAUGCUUUACUUAAAAAGAUAAUAGGGUACUAAUUUUAAAUCUUUUAAGAAAUAGAAGAACCUAGAUGUCAAAGCCAGUAUUUGUGUAGGUUAUGAAGCAAAUAAUGCUCUAAUCACAAUAUUACCUUUUUAUUCAAGUGUUGUAACAAGUAUAAAAUAAACAGGGAAUGUAAUUUGUUACCAAGAGAAUUUGUAUUCUUAAAAAUGUAGUAGAAGAUGGAGCACAGUAAUACUGUUCCUACGUAUUGAAAAUACCCAAAUGCAUUCUAAUUGGAGCACUUCAUGAGCCUAAUACUCCCAGAAACCUACGGGACAUCAGAGGAAAUUUUUUAACACCCUGUUUCUGAAUUAAUAAAAUCAUACAUGGUAGAAAACUUGGAAAACACAGGAAUGUAUAAAAUUGAUUUCCAAAUAAUAUCACAACCCAGAAGUAACCGCCUUUAGCAGCUUCUCUCCCAUAUAUGUCUAUGUGUGUAUCAUAUACAACUUUUUGUAUACGUGGGUUCAUAUCAUAAACCGUUUUAAAACUAGUUUGUCUUUUCACUGAAGAAUUGCCACAUUUUCCUAUGGCAUUAAAAUUUUUACAAAAACAUGAUUUUAAUGGCUCCAUAAUAUUCCAUUUAAUGGAUACAACCCUAUUCAUGUAACCGUUCCCAUGUAUUGUUGACUAUUUAGGUUAUUUCUAAUUUUCACUAAAGCUGCAAAAAGUUUGUGUACAUAAAAAUUUGUCCAUGUCAUUGAUUGUUUACUUAGGUCAUACUCCCAUGAAGGAUUUUUUUUUUUUAAUGUGAAAUGUCUUCUUAAGCUUUUUACCUUUUAUCAAAAGGGAUUUCCCGCUAUUGCACUGCAUGGUUGGCAGUUGUGAGGAAAGCCAGUUAAAUUACCUUUUAAACAAAGGAAAUGCAGUGGUUACUUUAGUUGAAAGUGACUCUUUAAUAAAACAAGAUGGACUAGAAAUAGUCAGCUGUCAUAAUAACCAAGACCCCCUACUGCAUCUAGCAAUUUCAAAUUUCAUGUGAGGGACCAGUUAUCCAGUUCUUGGUUACCACAAGUGUAAUACAGAAUUGUAGAAGAUAUAAAGACAUUGAACAUGCCAAGUAGAAAAAGGAUUGGUGUGAUAAAUGGCUUGGGUAUUUCUGUAGCUGGAGGGGUUGAGUAAGUCAGUGUGUAACUGGCUACUGUGUGUUCCCCCAGGAAGUGCCCUUGAGAGACUGGCACCAUGGCAGGUGAUACCUGUUGAAUGCAUUGUCCAGGUAGAUCAGUGAUUGCUUCCAUCUGAUGUAACAAGUAUCCAGGAAGGGACAGUCUUGAAGCAGGUUUGGGGAGGUCAGAAGGAUGUCGGAGAGAAAGAAACCAGGAAGAAGAAUGGCUGGCUGUCUAGAAAGGAAGUUGGUGCACGGUUGGCGAUGGAGCAGAGGGCAGACUUGCCAAGAGCCCACGGUGGAGAGAAUGGGGAACUGGGUGGUGUAGAGAUGUUUGUGCAAGCUUUCUACAAAAUGCUGAACGCACUGUGUUGGAUGUGACAGAAAUGAACCUGGACUCUUGCUGAUGUGCAUAGUUUCUGGGGGCGAUGUGAACUAUUUGAAAUUAAGAGCAUACUGAAUGGACCUUAAUAAAUCAUUGUCAAUCA